CAUUCACGGGGGCGAUUUGCAUACGCAAAUCGAGCAAGUUUGGAGUAUACCAGCAGAUGCUAAAAAUUCCCAAUUCCAUACAAACUCAUCCACUAACUAGACACAACGAUGCAUCAAUCAACCAACACACUUUGGAAGCAAUGGGUUUUCACCGGGAUCCGGAAGUAUCGUGUUCGGGACAUUGAACUUGAAACAACGACGCUGUCUAUCCUUUCUCUCUCUACCUUUUUUUUGUGAUCCAUACUCAACGAGUUGCGACCUUUGACAAACGAAAUUCACCUGCAGCUAUACAUCACACAUGACAUCACGAUACGGGUUCAAACGAAGAAAAACAAAUCCGUGCUGCUGCGCGUCUCCUAAGCCAUAAUUAGGAAGCAGGUGUAUACCUACCACCAGGUGCUCCGCGGCUAACAGCACACGCUUCAUUCUCUAACUCAUAGUGGUUACACACAGCAAGCAGUGAGCGCACAAUGUCUAUAAAAAUACUAGAGGAAGACCGGAUGCUUCAAUCAUUCCAUCGUUCAUUUCACGCUGUGUACCACCAUGUUUACACUUGUUCCCAUUUUGGUUUUCAUUUUCCUUUUAUCGCCUGGUCAAGCUUCGUUCCUCAAUGCAACUAAGGUGGCGUGCGGACGGAGCAAGUUGUUGACUCCUCUGGCGGGCGGCAAGAUUGUUGGCGGAGUAGCGGCUGAUUGGGGUCAACUUCCGUUCGUAGUAUCUCUGGAAUCUCCUCGAGGACAGCAACUCUGUGGGGCCGCCAUCCUCAACGAACGAUGGCUGGCUACGGCCGCUCACUGUAUUGGCAGUAACAAAGCCCACCAAAUUGUGGCUAUUGCGGGUUCACUGGAUCCGUCGUCGGCUUUGCAAGCGUCCAACCGUCAAGUGUCGGAGGGCGCUGAGGUUCGAUUGGCUCCCGGCUACAUUGAAGGAACGCAACUCGAUCUGGCUUUGAUCCGGCUCAAGCGACCGUUCAAGUGGCGCAACGGCUUCGUUGAGCCCGUCUGUUUGCCCCAUCUUUCAUCUUCGGUUGCUUCUUCACGUCAUCUCGUAGCAGCGGCUGUUAACGCCCGCCCCAGCAAAACUCUUCAUUCAAAUCAAACAGGUUUUCAAAACAAGUUGGCUACCGUAGAGGAAGGCGAUUCACAGGUGAACGAGGAUCGGAUGGGCCAUCAGGAACGGAGAAUGGGCUUAGUGGCCGGUUGGGGCUGGAAUGACGAGGGCGGUGUGAAUAUGAGCACGAAAUUACAUCGAGUCCAGGUGCCUUUGAUGAGCCGAUCCGAAUGCGAGAAACGUUUUCUUACUGCGGGCUAUUCCGUCCCCAUUGACAAGACGAAAGUAUGCGCUGGAUGGCCGGAAGGCGGUAAAGAUGCUUGUCAGGGCGACAGCGGUGGUCCCUUGGUUGUGGAACAGGAUGGUGUCAUGGUCCUAACAGGUGUCGUUUCUGGUGGAAUAGAUCAAAUAAAGAUGAUUUUUCAUUUAAUGAGGUUGCGCUCGGCCUGGCUUGCCUGGAUUGUACACUAACGUGGCACACUUCCUUCCCUGGAUGCUGGACAUUAUCAAAAAGAGGAAGUGAAACACUUCCUCUUAAUCAUUUACGAGUACAAUAAAUAAAUAAAAUAGAAUGUUAUUGACAUAAAAAAGUGUGGGGGCGGUUUCAGACACGGUGGGAAUAUUGUCAGGUUUUUUUCCCCCCUCAAUACAUUCAAAUGUUAAUCGUU